UAUCAUUUGCAAGAUCUUGAAACCUGAAAAGGGGACAACAACCCAUAUUCCUCCAAAGUACAACAUGGACCUACUCGAAAUUAUCUGACAACCACAGGGCCAAAUUGGUCUUUGGGGACCCUUUAUAAAAAGAAGUCGUCCCACGUUGAUUCUCCCAACACUCUCACAAACACACAAAUAAGAAGGGGGCAAAAAAAAACAAAAAAAAACCUCAAAAGAAAAACCUUAAUCCUUAGAAGAACUAUAUAACAUGGUAGUAGUAGGUUCAGUCUCCCACCCCCUGAAACCUCUACUCUCAUUCUCUCCAAAUCCUCUCACUGAUCAGAAUGCCAUCUUCCUUCUCCACCACAAAAACCCUAAUCCACAGCCUCUUCCUCUCACAGGUGCGGCGCAUCGCCCGUGUCCUGACCGGGGCGAAGUCGUUCCUGGUCAAGGUCUUCCGUAAGGGGUCGUCCUCGAAGCCCGUCCACUUCUUCAUCUUCUUCUCCCGGAACAAGAAGGACAACAAGAUAUACUUCGGCUCGUUCCGGCUCCACUACAACUGGUGCUCCUCCCGGUCCUGGUCGGUGCCCGCCUCGGUCCUCCAGGACACGUUUCCGGCUCCCGUCACGAGCCAGGUCUCGUACUACUAUGAUUCAUGCUCGAGGCGGAAGUACGAGGAUGCUGUGGGGCAUUAUUGCCAUCCCGAGCCGUCGGGCUUGUCAGGGUACCUACAAUGGCUCGAGGAGAAAAAGGUCGACCAUGGUCAAGGGGACGUUUUGGGAGAUCAGAACAACGAGCAACCACAGGGGAAUGAGAUCGACAAGCUCGCGGACAUGUUCAUUGCGAGGUGCCAUGAGAAGUUCAUUUUGGAGAAGCAAGAAUCGGAGAGGAGAUUCCACGAAAUGCUUGCUAGGAGCAUGUGAAAAAUCUUCUAAUUAAGGUCUCUUUCGUUUUCAUUGAUAGCCUUUUGUUGUUUGUUUAAUGUUAAUUAAUUAAGCUAUAUUUAGAGUUUUCUCAAUUUGAGGAGGCUGGCUAGCCCUUAACCUUGUAAUAAUUAAUUAUUCCUUGGGACGUGGAGAUUAUAUGUAUUAUGGCUCUUCUUUUUUCUUUUUA